UCAAUGCAUCAAAAGUAAUUGUUGACGGUACUGAAAGUAUUUUCGUAUGUGUACGUUGUGUACAUAAUUGAUAUAGGAAGUUUGAAAUUUAGACAGAAUGAAAACAUUACAAUAUUUAUUUACUGUUGUGUUUACAUCGUUAUUUUUUGUGAGUGUGUCAUCAAGAAAACAUCAAUUAGUUCUAGAUAAUGAUGUAAGGAGUUACUUUAGGAUAUCUACAUUUGGUUUCUUGAAAGGUGGGAAGUUAGAAGUAAAGCUGAAUCAUUUGACAUUCUACUCUAAAUAUGAUGCUAAGUUAGGUUUGACGCUUACCAAGACAAUUAGUGACAGUAUUUCUCCUUAUAUGGAAAGUCAGCAGAAUAAAUGUUUUCUAGCAGAUGAUGCUUUAACAACAGAUGGAAAUAUCCAGAUAGUAUCUUUCCUCAUGGAUCUCAAACACAAUGAAUUGCUGGUUAACUGCAGUUCUUUACUUCCUUUCCUUGAUAUAAAGCCUGGUGUUGAGUCAAAUUUGACUGUUGUUGAUGAAUUACAGAAAUCCAGAGAAAAUAGUCAACAGAUGGUUCAUAAUAUGAUAAAACAAAAAAGAUCUGUUAAUAAAUCUGAAGCAGCACAAAAAGAAACAGUCAAAGAGAAUUCUAAAGAUAAAAGUAUCGAAGUUAAAACUUCUGAUGCCAAAAGCACUGCAAAUGAGACUGAUACUCCUCCACCAGAAACUUUUACCACCAGUGCAGCUCACCUCAAAACUUGUAGCUCUUUCAAAAUUCCAUUUAAAAGUGAAAUCAUUGGCCAGAGAAGAAAGAUAACGAAUUUAAUGGUAAUUAAUGUCUCAAAUU